AUGAAAUAUGUCGAUGUUAAAGCCUACUUCAGCUUUCUGAUGUUCAUGGUAUUUGGGGCAAGCUUAGCAACCGGCAUCAAUCAGAAUGGCGUCUUUGCCUACGUGUCUGGGUUCGGGAGAGAAGAAUAUACACAAGCCAUUAUGGCAGGACAGGGAGUAGCUGGCGUGCUUCCGUGUGUGGUGCAAAUUAUCUCUGCUUUGGCAGUGCCGGAGAGAAAGGGACAAAACAUGCCUCAGGCUUCAUCAAAGUCCGCAUUUAUGUAUUUCAUUACAGCCACCGCCAUUGCUGCUAUUUCGCUGGUCGCCUUCCUUUCCCUUGUCAGACGACGGUCGGGUACAUCCCUACAGUUGCCAGAGGAACAACACGACUCAAUCUCCUCUGGUUAUGCUCAUAAGACGGUGAGUCUCUGGGUUUUGUUCAAGAAGCUACGGUUUCUUGCAUCGGCUCUAUUCCUUUGCUUUGCCAUUACUAUGGUGUACGCAGUCUUCACCGCAGAAAUUGAGUCCGUACAUCAGAAUCCCAAUCGUUCCCGGUUAUUCUCUCGAGAAGUCUUCAUUCCAGUGGCUUUUCUCUUUUGGAAUGCCGGUGAUCUAAUUGGGAGAAUGUCAGUCAUCAUCCCCAGUCUUUCAUUAGCCCAUCGUCCUUGGGUCCUUUUCGUCAUUUCCGUGACCCGCCUUGGGUUCAUCCCACUUUACCUGCUUUGUAACAUUGGAGGGAGAGGGGCCAUUGUACAGAGUGAUUUCUUUUAUCUCUUCGUCGUGCAGCUUUUGUUCGGGGUUUCCAAUGGAUACCUUGGCAGCAGCUGUAUGAUGGGAGCUGGUCAAUGGGUUUCUGUGGAUGAACGAGAGGCCGCUGGUGGGUUCAUGAGCAUGGUCCUUGUGGGUGGCUUGGCUGCAGGAAGUCUCAUGAGCUUCCUUGUCGCCAACAUAUGA